AUGCCCGAAAGACGCGUCCCAUCAGCCAGACCCCCUUCCCAAGCACCAUCAGAAGACAUAGACUUCAAACUCUCCCCCGAAGACAGCCUCUCUGACCACAGCAACGACCCAUAUCCAAGAACAUUCGCGGUCGUCGCAGCGGAGUUCAAAGCGACAUGGGAUAAGAAAUUGAGAGGACGCGACGAUAAAAUCAUACAGACGACACAAAAGGAACUAGACCUCGCCCUCCAUAAAAAGGAAACAGAAAUCGCCAGCAUCAUACACGAUAUGGAGGCAAUCCAUCAGAAUUUCCUCGAACAAUAUGCGAUUCUAGAAGACAAGAAGCGACAGAUCACAGCCGCGAUCGCUGAAGCACAGCAAGAACUCAUACCACUCGCAGUAAAGCGCCAUCAAGCGAUCAUCAGCCUCGGACACGAAGUCGAGAACGGCCAAUUGGAAGGGAUGGCCCUAAUCAAAAGCGCUUGCCAGUGCCCCCGGGACAUUGCACAGGAGCUAGGCGCCUUGCGCUUCGAUUGCUAA